UUGGGUGGGUGGGGGGGGGCUUGGAGCUGUCUUAAUCUGUAUUCUCUUAACUGAACAAUAAAUUUUUAUAUAUAUAGUUUCCUCUAUUAAACACUUAAAACUGGCCAUCUUAUUAACUCCUUCUGCUCUCUUUAACAAGGUAAUGUUUUAAAUGUAUAGUUUUAGGAUUAGCGAAAUGGCAGCAACAAAAAAUUGUAAGCAGUCGUUACUCUUAAGUUUUUAAAAACCUUUUACAUUGUAAGUACCCAAUCCAUUCUGUCCUUACGCAGUGCAGUUUUCAUGUUAAUGUUGCUGAGAUGUCCUUAAUUUUCUGAACCUUCAUCUGCAUGUAUGUCUUUGUCGCUCUUGUCUAGCAUAAGCCAGUUAAAAUGCUUUUAGACGAUUUUGCUUUUAUAAAGCUAGGUUUUAGAGUUAAGCUUUUGAAAAUGUUUACAGCAAUAAAUGCUAGUCAGCUUUCUUCCCCGUAACAGGUACACUUUCUUUGAAAAUCUAUCUAUUAGAAGAAAAACAGACUGUUUUUCUCGUCUUUGUUGGGGAAGGGGGGGGUGUGAGGGAAAGGAAGACCUCUUUGUGUAAAGAGACUAAAGCCGUCACAGGAAACUAGAUUAAAACUGGAAAACAAGUCCUAGCUGGUUGGAGCCAAACACCAUCGUUAACUCGGGGGUAGUUUCUAUGGUGGUUGGGAUGGCCGGUGCGUCUUUUGCCUUUUGUUUGAUUUGACUGUGUAUUUUCGCCUUUUGUCUCUUAAUGACGGUCACACCAUUGCUAUAUCCAGAGCAGUAAACAGUCCUCAGCGAAGCCGCCUUUUGCCAACCCAACCCUGGAAAGUUUGCAGAAGUGGAAGGAGCAGAAAAUGCCAUGAGAGUGUAACUUUUAAAAGCUUGAUCUUCCAGACUCCUUGGCACCGGGCUGAGUGGGCUCGUGACCGGAGAAGGGGCCCGGUACCCCCAUAGUGGACCGCCCUCCUUUGGACAGUAGAAGCAGGUCUAGUCUGACUCUGCCAGUCCUCGCUUUAAGGAAUUCCUGGUGAAGUGAAGAAUGGCCUGGGUCCUCACAUGGUCUUACAGGUCUGUGCUCUUUGAAAGCUUCCAGGGGCAGUCUCUGCUGCCAUCUGGUGGUCAGAUUGUGCCUUGCAGCCGCCGAAAACGUUGACCUGGCAUUUAUGGAACUGCCAGGCUGGCAACUUCCUCUAGAAAUAAAGUUUACCUGAUCCUUGCUGAGUGCUUGAAAAAUGGGGAAUUUUCUGGGUGGGGGCAAGAAGAUCCCGAGUCCUGCCAGCUCUUCUCUGAGGAAACUAUCAGAGGUCCCAUCCUAGCUGGGAAAGACCCUGCUUUCUCACCUAGCCAUGCCCUGGUGCCUGCCUGGUACACGCCUGCUCCUGGGGAUCCCUCUGCAACUCCGGAUACUGGCCUAAUUUGUGCAAAGCACAGCCCAAGGUGCAGGGAGGGAUGGGGCGGGGUGGUUUCCUCCAGCCUUCCUGAUGGUACUCAUCCAGAGUAAAUGCUCAGCAAAUACCCGUUUUGGUCAUGGGGUAGGUAGGAGGGUUAGGGAGACAGCUUGAGAAGGAUGGGUAUUUCUGCUGUCUGGAGAAUACAAAUUGUCUUGGUGGAGGUGGGGGUAUCAGUCUCAAGUGGACGGAAGGGGGUCCAGGUGAUCGCAACUGCAUCUACCCUGGCCUUCCCUGUCCCCUCCUCGACGGAGUCUGGCUCUGCUCACGCCUCUGGGCCUUGCUAGAAAGAGGCUCCCAGCCGCGUGGUUUGGGACCAACCCUCGAAGGGGCAUUAUUCUGGCUCGGCUCACCUGUUCCCAGAGUCGCGGCGCCGAUGCCAUCGCCCGGCAGAGGGCGCCAGACCACCACCUUUGGGAGGUGGGGUGAUAGUAAACGGAACUGAUAUUCCCCAGCCCACACACAGACUCCCAGACGGCCUGAUCAAGUGGGCAGACUUGACCCUCAUACUAAGAUCUUAUUGGGCACCACCGAUGCUAUCUUCUGGGGGAAAUUGCAGUCAGAGUGAACUUCCCCAAGGCCACAUAAUUGGGGUGAGGCGCAAGUGGGGGAGCUUUUCUUGGCGCUUGAGACCAAGGCUCUUCGAACCGGCGUGUUGGGGGACAUCCUGCCAAUCAAAAGGCUGUGAUCCGAUGGGGGAGGCCCAAUCGGCCAAUCAGAGGGUCCCUGCCCGAAGACAGCUUGCCAAUCAAGGAUGCCGGAUGGGAAGGGGCGGAAACGAUCGGAUUUUGCCGAUGGGGGCGCGCAGGGGAGGAGAUGGGAGCUGCCAUUGCAGCCGAGCUCUCCAUUUCUCAGUUGCCUCAGUUUCCCUGGGAAUGAGACAGGUCAGCCCGGUUGGCUGCCUGGCGGAGGAGGUGCUGAGUCCGAGGGCGGGACUUCUCAGCCCCGCCCCUGGGCCGGUUCCCACCCCGCCUCCGAUCGCUCAACCCCAGCGCUCUACCCGGUGAGCGGCUGGCUGCCAGUGCUGCCGGCGAGGGGCUAUGGACGCUGCUGGGGCCCCGGCCCCGGCCCCGGCCCCGGGCUCAGGCCGGAAGGAGCUGAAGAUUGUGAUCGUGGGCGACGGCGGCUGCGGCAAGACUUCGCUGCUCAUGGUGUACAGCCAGGGCUCUUUCCCCGAGCACUACGCCCCAUCCGUGUUCGAGAAGUACACAGCCAGUGUGACCGUGGGCAGCAAGGAGGUGACCCUGAAUCUCUAUGACACCGCCGGGCAGGAAGAUUACGACCGGCUGCGGCCCCUGUCCUACCAGAAUACCCACCUUGUGCUCAUCUGCUAUGAUGUCAUGAACCCCACUAGCUACGACAAUGUUCUCAUCAAGUGGUUCCCCGAGGUCACACAUUUCUGUCGUGGGACCCCCAUGGUGCUCAUCGGCUGCAAGACAGACCUGAGGAAGGACAAGGAGCAGCUGCGCAAGCUCCGGGCAGCCCAGCUGGAGCCCAUCACCUACACACAGGGCCAGAGCGCCUGUGAGCAGAUCCAAGCCGCCCUCUACCUGGAAUGUUCUGCCAAAUUUCGGGAGAAUGUGGAGGACGUCUUCCGGGAGGCCGCUAAGGUUGCCCUCAGCGCUCUGAAGAAAGCACAGCGGCAGAAACAACACCGGCUCUGCCUGCUGCUCUGACAGCUCCCGGCAGGGCAUGCGGCCCUCACGACAGAACUGACAGGCCCCAGGCCCCCAGGCCCCCGCUGCUGCCCAGACCCUGCCCCUGCCCCAGCUCUCGAAGGGCACUUGGCGUCGGGUGCCUCCAGGACCUAGUGUCUGGAGCCUGUGGCCAGGCUCUUGGAACAUUCUGGAACUCUCCUUUCCCAGCUGGAGCUCUGACCACAAGCUCCGCUCCAGCCUGUGUGGUCACAGUGGUGGUGAGGGUGGGGGGUGCUGGACUCGGUCCCUCUGUACCCUGAAACCAGCACUUAUCCCCGGCACUCAGGAGUGCCCUCGUCACAACCAGCCCCAGCUGUGUCCCCCCUCUGUACACCCAACAGGUCCUCCAAGCCCAUGCCUGAAACAAGAAACAACAUCUGGUACGUGGAUAAAUGUGGACUUGGCAGCCUUCCACAGGGCUCCCAAGCCUGCUUUCCCAAGUCACCCGCCUCCCUGGGCCCCCGAGAUAGGCACGGUCGCAUCCUCCAGCUUCUCGCUUCCUCCGCCCAGGAACUCGGGCACCACAGUGGGCCUGGGGCCUAUCAGAAGAACACAGGCCUCAGCCCUGGACAUGGGGGCCCUCCCUCCUCCACUUCAUACAGAGGACUUCAGUCUUAGCCUUCAGCUUGGCCACCAUCUUUCCAGAGUUGGAUGCACAGGGGGGCAGAGAACCUCUCUCUAAAUACAAGAAGAAUUCCCUGGACCAUCUAUUUGAUCCCUGCUCAGCGUCUGUGACCCUACCCUGGCCACGACUUGCCAGAAACCCGAGAUGAAAAGUAACAGCGGCUCUUGAGUGAUCUUGGGCAAGUCAGGUCUCUCUACAGAUUUCUUUACCUGCAGAAGGAUGGCACUGGCUUGUCACCAGGCUGCCCUCUGUCCCAAACAGCCCCCCCUGCUGCUGAGGUGUGGAGACCACACACCAAGGCCAUCCUGGCCUCCUGGGAGAUUAACCCCCAGCACACCUUCACUGAACCUCCUGAAAGGUCUGGGGUCCCAAGUGAUUCUGAUGCCCCAGAGAUUGUGAGCUGGUGGUUCCUGAAUAAGCUGGGGAAUCAGCUUUACCUACUAUGAGAUCAUGGCGUCAGGUGGUUCCUGCCCUCCUUGGUAUCUUCUGCCUCUGCCCCCUCCCUUGCCUAGUGCUCUGGCCUCCACUGGGCCUGAGAAAGAGACAAAACUUACCCUACCCCACCUAGGUUUCCCAAGGCCCUGCCAUGCCUAGGGGGAGUCAACAGAGCAUUCAGUCCAGAGCUUCGUGGACAAAGAAAGGAUGGUCUAGGACAGAGGAGGUCCACAAACUAGUCUAUGGACCAAAUCUGGCCACUGCCUAUUUUUGUAAAUAAACUUUUAUUGAAACACA